CAGGCGAUAGCAACAUUGUAUGAAUGCUUGUGAGUGAGCCUACAAUAUGACCAUUAGAAACACUCUUCUUGACCAUGGACAGAGGUAUCGUCCACGAAUGGCUUGCCUCAAGAAGGCUGAAAAGGUUGUGCUGGAGAUGCAGGACCCUAAAACAGGAGUAAAAUCCCAGCCACAGAGACUGGUUAUCACGACGAUACCACACGCCAUCACUGGUGAAGACAUAAUUGCAUGGCUAGCCGACAGAUUUCAAAUAGAAGCACAAGAGGCGAGGAAUUUUGCGUCCAUGCUGGUGGCGUUAGGAUACAUCUACCCCAUUCAAGACCACAAACGCUUAGUGAUCAAACCAGAUGCAUCGCUUUAUCGCUUUCAGACACCGUAUUUUUGGCCGACACAGCAGUGGCCUGUUGAGGACACAGAUUAUGCAAUCUAUCUGGCAAAAAGAAACAUACGUAAAAAAGGACUCUUAGAGCUACAUGAGCAGGAGCAGUACAACCGACUUCACAAGUGGAUGAAUCAUAAAUGGGAUUUCAUCGUGAUGCAGGCAAAAGAACAGUACAGGGCUGCAAAGGAGAGGAAGAAACCAGACCGUGUUGUGUUUGAGUGCCAGGAGAGAGCUUACUGGGUGGUUCAUAGACCUCCGCCGGGGACAGUCAGCGGCAUGGACUAUGGACUUGAUCGACGAAUAGAUCCUAAUGCAGACGAGGUAAAAACUCCUGACUACUACCAGAGAAUUAUGAUCUUUACACAGCAGUCCAUCAUGAGGCCCAGAGUCAAAUCAUCGGUGUCUAUCGGAGCGUUGGUGAAGUACUGUGCCACCUACAACAGCCAUGACCCCUUCCUCUCGAAGUGUUUACCCAGUAACCCCUGGCUCACCGACGACGUCACGUACUGGGCCUUGAACAUGCCAAAUGUGGAAAUACCGACCAGAAAGCGUGUGGAGAGAUGGACGUUCAGCUUCGGAGAGCUGCUGUCAGACCCUCGAGGACGAAACGAUUUUAGACUCUUUCUGAAGAAAGAAUUCAGCGGUGAAAACUUGGCUUUCUGGGAGUGCUGUGAAGAUCUGAAAUGGGGCACAGCUGCGACGAUGAGAGAGAAAGCAGAGCAGAUCUACAAGACUUUCCUGGCUCGUGGCGCUCCUCGCUGGAUCAACAUUGAUGGAAAGACAAUGGAAAUCACAGUGAAAGGCCUGAAACACCCCCACAGAUACGUGCUGGACGCUGCUCAAACUCACAUUUACAUGCUCAUGAAAAAGGACUCAUAUGGCAGAUACAUGAAAUCUCUGGUGUUUAAGGAAACUCUGAAGAAGGCGAUAUGUCCUGAAGAGCACAAGUUCAGCGAUGCCCAGCUGGAGCAGAAUGCGAGAAACAGACGGCCGAGUCUCAGCCCCAUCGUCCUCCGCCAGCUGGAGCAGGAGCAGAAGGCCAAGAUGGCCGCCACUGUUGACAUCACACAGCUGUGCCGCUUCACCACUCCUGUCCCCCACCUCGCCGUCUACUCUGGCAUCACUGACUUCCCCUCCUCCAACGCCUCACCCUCUCUCCCUUUUGUGGCCAACACCCCGGUCUGCCCGUCCCCCAUCAGCCUGGCUUUGGACAGCAACUCUGCGUCUGAGAGGCGAGCAGAGCCCAGUGAGGGAGAUGGUGAGGGGAACUCUGGGACCAGGGCCCCGGUGGUUGGAAACAUGCCCAAGUCUCGCAUGGCGCUGUCCCUGCGGCGUCUGUUGAAGCGAGGCUGCACCCCCUCCAACGUAUUUGCCAGUCUGUCACCAAAAUGCCACUCAGCUGCUGGGACAAGUAGCCGGAUUCAGCCAAUCAGCCCAGACCAGCCGAGUCAGGCUCCACCCAGACGGAUUGGCAAUUUCUUCCAGAUAAAAGUGGACAUUCCUCCUGAGUGUCGGAUCUACCCCAUAGAGUCUGAGGACGAAGAGGAGGAGAACAGGGCCGCCUCCAGGGGAGGAGGAGUGGGAGCCAAAGAGAUCAUUUGCCCCUGGGAGAGCUUGACACCACAGAACGGGACAGGCUAA